GCGACGGUUUCGACUCUGGCCUCUGUUAAGCCUCAAAACCUCGGUUCCAAACCUCCUCCGUCUCUCUACUUGGGCUGCGGCCACCCAAGACCUACUGAGAGCAACUUGGAGAGGAGUGAUGUCGUCUCUUUCUCCACCCUUCCGCUUUCCUUCUACUACUCGGCCCUCUUCCUCUGGUACUCCAUCUCCGAGACCGUACCCCUUCAUUUUGCUCCAGAGAUCCACGGUCCCAUGGCCAGUGCUAUUUCAAUCACCGAGAACCACACCAAAUUGGUUUUCUCGGUCUAGUGGCUGUAGAGUCAUCGUUCCUCUCGCGUUCAGUUCAACAUCUGGGAACUCUGAUGGCCAUGGGAAGCUAUAUAUGGAUGCGUUAAUUGCUGCACGGAAGCUGUUUGAUGCUUUUCCUCAGCCAGUCAAGAGCUUUCCAUGGAGGAGAGCGUUGGUCAUUUUUCAAAAUCUCAUCUUUGAGCUUGCUCGGGCCGUCUCAAAGUAUCUCUGCGUUCCUCUUCUGGCUGUCACGUCUCUGAGCGAGAUGUCUUACUGCGCUCAUGAAAGAAAGAUGGGUCUGAUUCCAAUCCCUUUUCUCAUUGGCCUUGUUCUUGCUGGGGUCUUAAAGGAUGCGGCUGUUGAGCUCUCUUCAGACCUCAAGGAAGGUGGGUUCCCUUGGCAUUUGCUUCUGAUUGCGAUCUUCUUUACGUUGCUCAAAUUACCUGGACCAUAUUACCCAUACUGGGGGCGUUUGUUCAUUCCCCACUUUGCUAAUGGUGGACUAUGGAGGACUGUUUGGCUUGCUCUAAUGUGGUAUAGACAGCCUCAUGUGGAACCUGGAGUUGCAUCGAGGAACCUGUAGUUUGAUGUCAGUUUUGUAGAGAAGAUCAGUUGCCUCCUCUGUGUGAGAUGUGUGGAGCAGGUAUUCAAAUUAAUGAAAGGUUACCCAUUUCUCCUUCCCUUUUCCCCUCCUAAGAUAGAAGUGUAUUUUGAAUAGCUCAUGCUAGUUGUAUUGUUUUGGAUAUUAUGAAAACAUAUUUAUUUUUACCUCCAUGAUGUUCUGUCAUAUCUGCAAAAUAGUGCCUCGGUUUAUGAAUUUGACAUCUUUGUUUGCCAAGCA